AUGAUAGGUGGAGCCCACAAUGCCACAAGAGAUAAUGCAACUGAGUGGUCUAUUAUUGAUGGAUCCACCCCACCACCAUCGUCAUCAUCACUCCACGAAUCUUUUUCAGUGCAAAGCUUCCAUCAUCUUCCACGACAACGUGAUGGGGAGCCCACAAUGCCAUAA